UGAUGUCGUACGUCGCGUGGAAAAUCCGAUCGGUUUAAAUUCGGUCUGUAUUGCAUUAUUUAUGCACGCGUUUCGGCCACAGUGAAUGAUAAUCGGGGGAUCAAGAAGGUUUGUGUCGGGUGGUUCAUCAGUAAACGUGCUUCUCCUCACAGCUCGGUGCAACAAAUUCGAAUCCAUCCAUGUGCUAACAAAUCAUCCAGAGCAAGUGCGUAAAAAGGCAGUGUGUGUGUGUGCGUGUGUGUGUUUGGUGUUUAUUGGUGUUUGUGAAUCGUUUUUGAUGACGAUUUUUACGGCCCUUAUCAGCUGUGCAGGAAGGAUAAGAGCGCGCACGGUUCCUGUCUGGUGUAUCAGUUCUCCAAAAGGUGUAAAACCAUGUCCUCCGUCGGUGGUGAUUGCGAUGUGCUGGUGUUCGGCUCGUGCAUAGUGGAUUUCAUAAGCUAUGUGCCACGGUUGCCCAAGGUCGGAGAAACCCUACACGGUACCAGCUUCGCUACGGGCAAUGGUGGAAAGGGUGCCAACCAAUGUGUGGCCGCAGCACGCCUCGGCAGUCGAACCGCAAUGAUUGGCAAGCUGGGCGAUGAUCCGUGGGGUACCGCGUAUCGCACUGCCCUGGCCGGCGAAGGUGUGAACGUGGAACAGGUGGAUGUUGUCGCUGGCGAAAGCACCGGUAUCGCGCAGAUCAAUGUGGCCGACAAUGGGGAUAAUCAGAUCGUAAUAGUGACCGGCGCAAACAAACGUCUCGCACCGUCGGACGUUCUCGCCCGGCCGGUUCUGUUCGAGCGGGCACGCAUUUUAAUCUGCCAGCUGGAAACACCGAUCGAAGGGACGAUCGCCGCACUGAAGGCGUUCAAGGGCAUCUCGAUCGUUAAUGCGGCACCGGCGGAAACGAAUCUGCCCCACGCGCUGCUAUCGCUUGCGACCAUCUUCUGCGUGAACGAAACGGAAGCAGCCCUGCUAACGGACAUACCGACCAUACCCGACGUUCAACGUGCAAAAUCGGCGGUACACAAGCUGCGGGACAUGGGAUGCAACACGGUCAUCAUAACGCUCGGCGAGAAGGGUGCAGUGUUUGCCCAUUCCGAUAGCCUCGCUGUGUAUCACGUGCAGCCGGUGAAGGUGACCAAAGUCGUCGAUACUACGGGUGCCGGUGAUGCAUUUAUCGGUGCAUUGGCCCACUUUGUUGCCAAGCAUCCGGAAGCCGCGCUGGGCAAUUGCAUUGCGGCAGCUAAUCGGGUGGCGGCAUGGUCGGUUCAAAAGCCCGGCACACAGAGCAGCUUUCCACGGGCGGGUGACGUUGAGCUGCCGGCCGAUUUAGCCACCCUGCGGGACCAGUGGGCAUGUGUUUAACCACUUACGCGGUACAGUUUGUUGGCUAUUUCUUUGCUUUUUAUUCUUUUUAUUUGAAUC